AAGAGGCAGGAGGGGAGGAGCUAGGAAGGGAGCAAGAGCGGGCAGAGGGAGGGUUUCGUGGCUUUGUGGAUGCGAGUAUGAUGUGAUGAGCAGAUCGGUAGCCGAGAUUGCGUGCACAGGGACGCAGGAGGCUCGGUGGCGAACAUUUUGGUGUUAUGAGCGGGCGUUCCCGAGGUCAGGAUGAGCGUGGAACCUCAAUAAUCUGACUCUUGUUGUUCUUGGAGAAAAUGCAAUAGCUUGUGAUGGACUAGCGAUCAAGAAUGGAGAUCUGAAGCCCGAGGAGGUGGGCCGGGUCGGCUUCUGCCUCAUUCAAGCACAGAAGGGAAGGCCGUCGAUGUGAUGGAGGACAUAGCCAAGGGAGAGGGCAAAGGUUCAACAGGGGAGGAUCGUCGGAUGGCUCACAUGCCCCUCAGACGAGUAGACGGGGUGGGACAUCAUAUCAUGAAGUAGAGGAUGGUAUAAGGUUAGAUAAAGGAAACGGGAGGUGUUCUGGUUGUCAAGCUAUGGAACUUAUCACUGACAUGGAUCUUCGAUACAAUUGCUUCGGUGGUCAAGUAGACAAUCCUCCGGUUGAUCAUUAUCUUGCUUCUCAUUCAUGCGGUGGUCCUUGCAAGAAGCCUUUGGGCAGCAGUAAGACAAAAUGAUGCAAUCACUACUGUACGAUGCAAUGUUAUCCAGGUACUUGUCCACCUUGUUCUGCAGUGGCUCCAUCAGAGUUUUGUCUUUGUGGUAAGAAGACCGGCAGAUGUGGCAAACAAAAAAGCCAUUAGCAGUUGUGGAGACGUUUGUGGGCAGAAGCUGUCAUUUGGACGAUAUUCUUAUUUCAGGAUUUGUCACGAAGGAUCUUGUGAGAUGUGCAAGUCGAUGUCAAUACUCAAUGCUUUUGUGGAAAGAAGCAUGAAACCAGGUCAUGCGGAGCAAUGGAGAUACAAGGAAAUGUUGAUUUUGAGAAGGGUAUAUUGUCAUGGGGCUGCCGUUGCUUGAAAACACUCUCUUGUGGUAAGCACGAAUGUCAGCAAAAGUGUCAUCCUAGACCUUGUGGAGAGUGUGAGGUUUCAGCUGCAAUGUUGCAAACAUGUCCUUUGUGGAAAGAAGAAAUUGCUGGAACUAGACGGAUCUGGGCGAACAAGGAGCAAUUGUACGGAUCUUGUCUUGACCUGUGGAUAGCGUUGUAGUAAAGUACUACCUUGCAAGGUGCACGUGUGUAGAGAUCUAUGUCAUUCAGGUCCUUGCCCGCCCUGUUGGGUACCAGUGGAGCAAAAAUGCUGGUGUGGUUUCUCUAGUAGGUCAGUUGCUUGUCACGUUUCACAAGGAAAUCCUUUUGUGCAAGAGGGGACGGAAGGUCUUUUUCUUUGUAUGAAGAAAGGCGGACAAGAAAAGUUGCGGAAGACAUCGGUGUAACAACAGAUGCUGCCCUGCGAUAAAUGGAUCUAGCCUCCAGGAUACUAGCGAUCGGGAUCCACACGACUGCAUUCCUUCUUGAGGAAAGAAGUUACGAUGUUGGUAACAUAAUUGUCAAGAGCGUUGUCAUUCUGGUCAUUGCCCUCCAUGUUUAGAGUCCAUAUUCACUGAGUUGUCUUGUGCUUGCGGCAAAACUUCUAUACCCCACCUGUUUCAUGUGGAACACCUUUGCCUUCCUGUCAAGAGCCAUGCUCAUUCCGCCCGCCUUGUGAACAUCCAGCAACCCAUCUUGGUCAUUUCGGUGAUUGUCCACCUUGCACAGUCCCUGUGACUAAAGAAUGUGUUGGAAAUCAUGUUCUUCUUAGAGGAGUUCCUUGCGGAUCUAGAGAUAUCAAGUGCAAUAAGCUUUGUGGUAAAACUAGGCAGUGUGGGUUGCACGCUUGUGCCAGAGCUUGUCAUGUUACUCGUGUGACAAUGUAGAGGAUGCUAGUGCGAGGGGUGUGAAGACUGCGAAAACUUCAUGUGGGCAGCCUUGCAGAGCCCCUCAAAGAGAAUGUUCUCCUACAUGCAUUUUGACUUGUCACCCUUCCCCCCUUAGUCCCGACAACCGAUGCAAAGUCGUAGUUACAAUCACAUGGGGCUGUGGAAGGAUAUCAGGUGAUAUUCCUUGUGAUGCAGGAUGCAGUAACACCAGCAGAGCUUCAGCAGAGACGGAGAUGAUACUCAGUAGGUUACCAGCUCCUCUGCAGCCUAUUGCUCAGGGUAGUGAGAGAACUCCUCUGGGUCAAAGGAAAUUGUCGUGUGAUGAUGAAUGUGGCAAGCUCGAGAAGAAGAGACUCCUUGCAGAUACUUUUGGUGUGGAGCUGUUAGGAGAUUUCACCAGCGGAGACACUGGAGCAUUAGGGUCUGAGAUGUAGAGUGAGAUGCUCUGCAAGGAUCGGCAAUGGGUAUUAGCUGUCGAAGAGCUUACAGGAGGUGAUGGCAUGGAAGUUCAGACGCUUGUAAAGAAUGUCGAAUGUCGAAGUGAACUCUGAGAAGAGCUUUGUGGAUUCACAUUAUGAAGAUAAAUCAUCGCUCCUAAAUUGGAGCAAAUCGAUGGAGCAUGAAUCGACUCUCGAAGGAGUUAAAGUGUUCCAG